AGUAAAAAACACAUCAAAAAAUUUUUUUGAAAACAUUUUCUUCUAAAAAGUUGUGAUUUUUUAGAAAAUAAUCUCGAAAAAUAUCUUCAAGUGAUGUUAAUUUUUGUUCGGAUCGAUUCAGUUACUUCUAUAUAUUCUAAUUCAUCUUAAACUUCACUUCCCAGCUGCUGUAUUUUUGUAAAAACCAACAAUGGCUAGCUACGAUUUAACACGUAUCAUGGGUCAAUAUCUAGACCGGCAUUUGGUUUUCCCGUUGCUGGAAUUUCUAUCAGCUAAAGAAAUUUACGAAGAAAACGAAUUACUACGCGUCAAGCUGGAUAUUUUGAACAAAACUAACAUGGUUGAUUACGCUAUUGAUAUUCGAAAACAGUUAUAUCCCGAUCAAGAGAUACCAGAGGAAUUGAAAUCAAAACGUUCGAAAGUAGUAACGCAGUUGACCGAAUUCCAAGAACAAGUCGCCAGUAUAUUGAAAUUAUUGACCGAUGAAGAAGUAAUGAAGACUUUCGAAACGAUGCGAGAUCCUAAAGCGUUAUCCAAUUAUAUUACUAAGGAAUUCAACUUUAAAAUCGAGAAAAUGGAAAGUAUGUACAAAUUGGCGAAAUAUCGUUACGAGUGUGGUAAUUAUUCGCAAACCACCAGUUAUUUGUACUUCUAUCUUUUGGUGAUGUCUCCUAGUGACAAAAAUUACUUGAAUGUGUUAUGGGGUAAAUUGGCGUCGGAGAUAUUGAUCCAGAAUUGGGAAACUGCUCUAGAAGAUAUUACUAAAUUACGCGAGUAUAUCGAUAGCAAUGCUUUUUCCAAUUCUCUGCAGCUGUUACAACAACGUACGUGGUUGAUUCAUUGGAGUUUGUUUGUUUUCUUCAAUCACGCUAAAGGAAAAGACCUUAUCAUCGAUAUGUUCUUAUAUCGUCCGACUUAUUUGAACGCUAUUCAAACGAUGUGCCCGCACAUUCUACGUUAUUUGGCUACAGCUGUUAUUAUCAAUAGAGGUCGCCGAAACGCUUUGAAAGAUUUAGUCAAAGUUAUUCAACAAGAAUCGUACACUUACCGAGACCCGAUCACGGAAUUCAUCGAACACUUGUACGUGAAUUUCGAUUUCGAAGGUGCUCGACAGAAGCUAUCGGAAUGUCAAAUCGUCAUCUUCAACGAUUUCUUCUUGAUCGCUUGUUUAGACGAAUUCGUCGAAAAUGCCCGUCUGAUGAUUUUCGAGACUUUCUGUCGUAUUCAUCAGUGUAUCAGUAUCAACAUGUUGGCUGAAAAAUUGAACAUGAAAUCCGAAGAAGCCGAAUGCUGGAUUGUCAACCUGAUCAGGAAUGCUCGUUUGGACGCUAAAAUUGAUUCGAAACUGGGUCACGUUGUUAUGGGUACUCAACCUACGUCACCUUAUCAGCAACUUAUCGAGAAAAUGGAUUCGUUGUCCGUUCGAUCCGAAGCUUUGCAAGCGUUGAUUGAGAGAAAAAUCAAAGGAAGACCGCAAAAUAUUCAUUGGGGCUCGCAUGAUUUCUAAAUUUUAUUUUCAUCAUUGAAUAUUCUUAAUUGUAAAUUUUUCCAAUAUACAGAUUUCUGUCUACGAA